GAGGAAAUAAAGAAGGGAUAGUAGCGAAUUCUAUUACAAAUUAACGAAUUGUUUUGCUUACUCUGUUUAUUUAUUUACUUUUAGCAUGGAAAUGAAUGCGUCGAAUACAUCUUAACGAGUUGAUCAGCCCGGUUUCCGUGCGGACCUUCGACUCGUCCCAGCGUUUUGGCAAGGAAUUAGGGUUUGGUCAUAAAAUGCAGGAUAUCCCGGUCCUCACCGGGAAUCCCCGUCCGGUCGCGCGGGAAGAUUCCUGGCAAUGCGCCUACAAACUCUCUGACAGAAUGGAGGGGGUCGUUCGAGAUGUUUUGCAGAAACACCAAUGGAGCGAGACGGAAAUACAACGUGAAUUGGAUCAGAUUUUUGAGCGGAAGGCGCUUGGGAGCCGCGCCUCGCUGAACGCGUGGUCCACCGUGGAGGAGUUCCAGCGGACGCCGUGGUAUCGUCGUUAUCGGCCCAGCGACGACACCGUCGCGAAGUUUAUUUCCUAUGAGGCGAUAAAACUUCUGGAAAACGCGUUGAUCCCGCCAUCGCUCCGUGAGGACCCCUACUCCCACCUCCGCAAACGGCAUAUGGAGGACAACUGGAUGAACGACCGCUUCUGCGAGGACUCCGCGAAGUACGUGACGCGCGAAAAGCUGGCCCAACAAACGAUCGGGACGCCGCAGUACGGCAGGAUCACACGAAAGAAGUUUAUGGAUUUUGAGAAAAAAUUUAUUACGCUUCAGGGGUCCAACAAGCACGUGAAUGAGGCCUAUGCCGCCUGGCUUCGAUCUGUGGAUUCAAAAAAUGAUAAGAAGUAAAGGAGAAAACGUGCCUGAAGGAUUGAUCCCUUCGGUGCAUCUUAUUAGCGAGCUA